AUGAAAUCUGUAUCUGAGUCUAGCAAGCCGGCUCGAAAGCGCAAACGACAGAUCGAGAAGAAUGUUGACUGUAAGCAACUACAUCCAGCGACUACCGUCACUGCCAGGAAGAGCACAAACGACAAUGCAGGACCUCAGAAACUUUCACAAUCCACACUAUCAAAGGUCGAUUGCGAACACGACAGCUCUAUUCAAUCAAAUAUCUUGUGGCCAGAUUUCUUCAAGCAACUGGAAAAAACUCAUAGAGCCUUGAAUCUUGUAUUUACAUUUUGCUGCACGCGAAAACAACUUGCCACCACGUUUGACACCAUCAAGGCAGCCGUAGAGAAUCAUAUUCAUCGACAGCUAGAGAUAAAAGAGGUAGCUCAGAUCGUUGCAUUGCGGCCUCGGGGAAUGAGUUUUACCUAUGUAAAUAAAAAUUUGCUACAGCUGGAUGUUCCAUAUGAUAGUCGAGAACAGAUUUUCAGAGAAGAUGCCCGCGGCGAUGAUCGAGUUGCUGCUCAAAAAAAUAGCACAGCAGGCUACAUCAAAUCUGGGUCAGAAGAAGCACUUGGAUCAACUGAUGCCGGACUAGAGGUGCUGCUCUUUGAAUUCACCGAUGGUGACUUGAAGAGAAACUCCAUCAAUGAAAAGCCCAAGAAAUCAGCGAAAGUGAAGCGGAAUGCGAGAGGCGAAAAUCUAAUGCCAACCUACAGUCAAAAACAGAUGCUGAGCUUAGUAGAGAAGCGCAAUAGUAAAUUUUCCGUCGCUAUUAAUGCAUUCCUGGCUAAAUGCCUAGCUAACGGACUUGACCCUGAGGAGACCCUAAAAACAGAGGCUUUAGCUUAUACUGCUGAGCCAAGUGUAGCACGAAAUAUUUCAACUCGCUCUGAAAGCAGAAUACCUUCAACAAUACCCUCACAGAGAAAAUCAAUCGCAUCAAUAAUCGCUGAAAUUAAGGAAACUGAGAUGUACACAGGCCAGAUAGUUCCGGGUGGUCACCGAGUGUUUGACCCUCAGGAAGCUGUCUAUGGCGAUUUGGAAUUUCAGCUCAGUCAGGAUAUGGUCAAUGCCUUGUAUAAUGCUAAAAAUAUUACUCAACUGUAUUCACACCAAGCCGAAGCCAUAAAUAACCUACACAGGGGCCACGAUGUUAUAGUUGCUACCUCUACUAGCUCUGGGAAAUCUCUCAUCUACCAGAUUCCAGUUCUACAUGAAUUGGAACGAGAUCCUCAUACUAGAGCCAUGUAUAUCUUCCCAACCAAAGCUCUCGCGCAGGAUCAAAGAAAAAGCAUAAAAGAAAUGCUGUGCUAUCUGAAGGGUCUUGAAGGCACAAUUGUUGAGACUUUUGACGGUGAUACUGAAAUGAAGGAUCGCAAUACCAUCCGCGAUGAAGGUCGAAUAAUACUGACGAAUCCGGACAUGCUACACAUUACCAUUCUUCCCCAAGAAGAAAAAUGGCGAACUUUUCUGCAGAAUCUCAAGUUUGUGGUUGUCGACGAGAUUCAUAUCUAUAACGGGCUCUUCGGCUCUCAUGUAUCCCUCAUCAUGCGCCGGCUUCGACGAGUAUGUGCAGCAGUCGGUAACGAGCGUAUAAGGUUUAUUUCUUGCUCUGCUACGGUGGCCAAUCCUAUAGAUCACUUCAAGACCAUUUUCGGGAUAGAAGAUAUCAAGCUCGUAGACUUUGAUGGCUCUCCUUCUGGCCGCAAAGAAUUCCUUUGUUGGAAUACGCCUUUUAAAGAUCCUAACGACGCGGCAAGCGGUCGAGGCGACAUAAACAUCGAGACUGCAAAGUUAUUCUCUCAAUUAAUAUUAAGGGGGGCACGAGUCAUUGCCUUUUGUCGAAUACGAAAGGGAUGCGAAGCUCUUCUCGCGGCCGUAAAGUAUGAGUUAACUUCAUUGGGAUAUCCUGAACACAUGGUACGAGUUAUGGGAUAUCGCGGGGGCUAUACUCCCCAAGACCGGCGUCAGAUUGAAAGUCAGAUGUUUGAAGGAAAGUUAAUGGGUAUAGUAGCAACUACAGCACUUGAAUUGGGAGUAGAUAUUGGCUCUUUAGAUGCCGUCCUUACAGUUGGAUUCCCAUAUACUAUUUCAAACUUGCGACAGCAGAGUGGCCGAGCGGGACGAAGAAAUAAAGAUUCCUUAUCAGUUCUCAUUGGUGAUAGUGCCCCUACCGACCAGUAUUACAUGGAAAAUCCGGAUGAGAUUUUCACGAAACCGAAUGCCAAGUUGCAGGUAAAUUUACAAAAUAUCCUAGUCCUUGAGGGUCAUAUCCAGUGCGCUGCUUAUGAGAUACCUAUUCGUAUUGAUCAAGAUACAAAGUACUUUCCUAAGAGCUUGAGAGAGAUAGCUGAAGAACGCUUGGUUCCUGAUAGCAUGGGGUUUUAUCACUGUCAUGAUAGGUUCCGACCUAAUCCCGCCAAAUUUGUGUCAAUUCGAGAUACAGAAGAAGAUCAUUUCGCCGUUAUCGAUAUCAGCCAUGGAAAGAACAUUGUACUUGAGGAAAUAGAGGCCUCCCGCGCUAGCUUCACGCUUUACGAUGGAGGAAUCUUUCUACACCAGGGAAACACAUACUUAAUUAAAGAGUUUAGUCCGGAACGAAAAAUCGCCAGAGUUGAACUUGUGCGGGUUGACUGGACGACUCAGCAGCGUAAUUAUACUGAUAUUGACCCAGUAGAGACAGAAGCAAUUCGACGCAUUCCCAACUCACUCUCGCGCGCCUUUUUUGGAAGAAUCAAGAUUCAGAAAACGGUUCAUAGUUUUGUCAAGCUGGAUAAGCGACAUCGUAUUUUGGAUAUUGUGGAAGUUGAUAAUCCUCCUAUUAUAAUCUUCAGUAAAGGCAUGUGGCUUGACGUUCCAAGGCAAGCGCUGGAAAUUCUCGUACAAAGAAAGCUAGAUAUUGCAGGAGCUGUUCACGCUGCAGAACACGCAAUGCUAAGCCUGAUGCCUAAGUUUGUGAUCAGUAUGCCUGGAGAUGUGCGCACUGAAUGCCGAGCGGCGCCACGAGAGCUUGCCCGAAAAAUUAAGCCACGUAAGCGUCCAGCUCGACUGACAUUUUAUGAUGCCAAGGGCGGAGCCGGUGGAUCUGGGAUUAGCACGAAAGCCUUUGAGUUUGUGGACUUACUCCUCGAACAAGCACUCGAUCGGGUGCGUGCCUGCAAUUGUCUUGAGGGCUGUAUGGAAUGCGUCGCUAGUGAGCUUUGUAAGCAUGCAAAUGAGCUUAUGAGCAAAGCAGGUGCCCAAGUGAUACUGCGCAGCUUACUUAAUUUAAAGAUUGAUAUCGCUGCGCUGCCCAUAGGAUCAUCGGAUCAAAGUAUUGAAGACUCGGACGGAGGGCUACUUGCAAAGCCGGUCCCUAAUGGAAAUUUACUAGAUGAUGGAAAUAUCAUCAAGAUCGAAUACCCUAGCUAG